AACGCAAUGCAUUGUGGGACAAUGAGUAAAGAUGGCUGCAUCCUUGAACAGCAUGCUAAAAUGUCAAUAACGUAGCUUCUAAAGCGUCGAGCUUUACUUAUUGUCGUGUUUAUCGUUCUCGUAACUAAAUAUUCAACUGGAGUGCAAUUGAGAAGAGCACAAAACAUGUUUGCCGUGUGCGGCUUGUUACGAGCUGGAGUUUCUUUCUGUCGGUCGGCGGGUGCUCUGCUGGACGCAUCUCGAAGCUUUUCCACCGGUACAUGUCAGCACAGAAAGAUGGAUGCCAUGCCCAAGCCCAAAGUGGUAGACAGGUGGAAUGAGAAAAGAAGCAUGUAUGGAGUAUAUGACAAUAUAGGAAUUUUAGGAGAUUUCAAAGCUCACCCCAAAGACCUUAUCAUCGCCCCCGUUUGGCUGAAGGGUUUCCAGGGCAACGAGCUGCAGCGUCUCAUCAGGAAGAAGAGGAUGGUGGGAAACCGAAUGAUGACCCUGGAAAAACACAACAUGGAGAAGAGGAUCCGCUUCCUCUAUAGACGCUUCAACCGUUAUGGCAAACAUCGCUAACAUGUCGCAAAGGCAUCUGAUGCUGUCGUGUAUUUGACUUUAUUUUAUAAUUGUAUGUUGAUCAAUAAACACGUGUUGACAAGGAAGCACUUCUUGUGAAACAUUGUUUGCCUGACAAUGUACAUGUGCUCUGAAUUAUGGAAUUAGAGGAAGUAAAGUUGAUUAUUUUUAUGUUGUUACUAUUUGGACACUAUUAUGACACUCCAUAUAUAAAUAUA